AUUCUUGUUCCUACAAACAGGAUUAUCAUUGGAUACGACACAAACACAAAACGAACAAAACAUUUGUUUAAUGCAUUGAGACGGUUGUCGACUUGAUAUUGACAGGGAUCGUGCGCUGAUAUGCAGAAUAGAUUGUCAAGGGCACUCUGACAUGUACCGAUCCAGGUAACUAUCAACAAAAGGCGUAGCGUAGCAGCGGAGCUGUUAAAGUAGAGAUGGUCUCCGCAGAUACCAAAGAUACAUACAGGGAUUUAAAGUCCAUUGUGUGUGUUAGUGCCCCAGAUUACAUCUGUCUCUCAGCUUGGGCUCAAGAGCACUGAGAGAUAUUUCCUACCCGAGCGUGUUUUUCACCAAAAACUUUUCACAAAGUUCGAAUAUUGCUGUUUCGUUUUGUGAAGGAGGCGUGCUUUGUUUGGAUCUCGGUUUUGUCACGGAACGAUGUUUUCCAAGGCCCUCUUGCUAGUGUUUUGUGCACACGUCUGUGUCUCGGUGGAAAUUCCCAAGGAUAAUGAGAAGAAGAGCGUUUACGUCAACUUUGCUGGCGCCGGCACCUCAACGAUUCAGACAAACAUAUCAGACAUAAAAACGCUCGUAAGGGACGAAGCGAACAUCUUCUGCAAUGCUACCGACUACAAGAAAAAAUGCUGUAAGGACACCAAAUAUGAAUCCCUUGGUAACGGGCCGAUGAUCGUGGCUGACAACCAUUCCGCCGAAGAAUAUGUGUUCUUCUUGCACACGGACGGCGAUGUCAACGCCAGUGCAGACAGCAACGUCAGGAUCGAGGUCGCCAUCUUAGUGCCCCAGGAGCACCAUGACAACGAGCUGUGUGUGCUGGAGGAUCACGCCCGCAGGAGGCGGAGUGUGGAGGCAGUCAUCCCCCACAGGAUGAAGAGACACCCCCACAGCACGGAGAGCCCCACCCCGGCCCCCAGCUCCGUGUACCUGGACCCGGACAUCACCAAGGCUAUCCUGCAGUCAAACAGAUUCCGAACUCAAGCCGCUGCCAGCGGGUUUUACGUCGGCGAGGUGUCCAGGGCGGACGGGUUUGACAGCCCCUGCCGAGAUGGUAAAAGAGACGAUGACGUCCCGUUCCAGCCGUGGCUGAUUGCUCUGCUGACCAUCAUGUUCUUCCUACUCCUAAUCCUGUUCGCAGCAACCAUCAUAAUGUGCUGCAACAGGAAGAAGACCAAAGGCUACUCCAAGGAACUGAUGGGAUCGAGAGUAAUUCCACAGUAAAGUGGGGUCUUCAGCAGUUGGUCCAGUAGCAGUGCCUUCUGUAUAACCUUAGAGACUCGGAGGACAGCCAAGGAAACUUGUCUUUCUAUUUCACUUCAGUAAUCUGUAUAAUUUGCCAUCUUAGUAUCAUAAAAUCAUGGGGUGUAUAACAGUAAUGCGAGAACAGUGUGAAAGAUACAACUUAAGGCAUGUCAGCUAAAAUUAAAGGUUUAAGGAUUUACAAAAACCUAUCCUUUGUUGUAUGGAGAUCACGUGGGGUUCGACAGAUUGGCAUCUGAGGAAAGGACGAUGAAGAAAGCGAAGGACUCUAACGGUGUAUGUAAACUGGGUGGGCGCUUUGGGACUGAUGUUUGAUCUGCAAUGACCACAUGGAGCAGAACUGAAUGAUACUUAAGCGACCAUUCCUUAAAGAAGAAGGAAGCUUUACCAUCUUGGUGUGACUUUGAUAUUAGGCUGCUGCAAGCUGAAUUCCUAGUCAUUGAGAUCCCAUACUUGAAAACAAUUUGACGCCGUAAUAUUUCUAAUUCUAUAUUGUAUCGGGACAUGCACAAUAACCAACGUUAUCGAUUUAUCGUGGAGAAAUGAGAUGAAACGUGAAAUGUUAU